GUGUAAGUAGAAAGCAGUUAAAGUGUUAAUAAAAAGUAAUGAUUUGAUGUUUAAAUGAAAUAUUCAAUUGAACAUUUAAAGCAAACCCUGUCGCUGGCCAUUAAUUAAUUUAAACAAAUUAUUUUUUCACACACGCUGCGCGUCGAACAAACUUUUUUUUAUUCCAAAUUUGCAAAUCGAUCCGGCUUGAAUGUCGAAUUUUUUUGCUGCAGCGGAAGAAGUUGAGCGGGGAGAAAAGGAAACACGUAGCCUCUGCUGCUGCGAAUAUAUUGGUCAUGAUAAGAAGCGAUUUCAUAUACUAGGAUGUUGUUGUAAUUGCGAGGAUUUUGAUUUGGUAUGCACAAGAUUUAUCUGUUGCAAAUCCAUUGAGAGGCGCAAUUUAGACAACAUGUUGAUCGCGUUCCAAGAUCGAUUGCGUCUGCCUUGGCGGGGCGGAGCCAAACGCAUCUCGCCCGCUGCUCUGGCUCCAGCUUUAAUUAUCCCCCUCAUGAUUUGCUUGGCUGCACUCAAUUCAAAGACGGCGAUUGUGCUUAUGUUAACGUUGAUUGGCUUCACCUGCUGGGGCUUGCAAGUUGCUGAGGGUACGGCCACAAAGACUAGCUUCUUUCGCAGCUGGAUUGUCUUUUCUGUCUUUUACAUGGUCAUCAUCUUUGAGUCUGCCGUACCGUUGUUGGAACUGCUGCCAGAGGAGAAUUAUCUGUUACUUAGCUUAUCUAUAGGGGCACUUUAUAUGCUUUAUCGUGUACAGAAAUUGGCAUCGCUCGAUCUAGUAACGACCCAGUAUGGAAACACGCCUCGAGAUGAGCUGCCAGGCAUCACGGAAGCCUCUAGUGGGGAGGAGCAGGCCGAACAGCAGGCACACGAAGCAGUCACCCUUAUGGCAGACACUGUGCUGGGUAUUGAAGAUGAUGAGGAUGAGAAUGAAGACGCGAAUCUUAUGCAACACUCUCAGCCGAACAUUUGUGAGAUUUGUCGCAAGGUAACUCCCCGACGUGCCUAUCACUGUGUCAUCUGUGGCAGCUGUGUAAAGCGGCGAUCCCAUCACAGCUUUUGGCUCAACUGUUGCAUUGGCGAACGCAACUAUCGCUGCUAUUUGCUGGCCUUGGUUCUUUCUGAAUGUGCUCUGCUGCUGGGCGCCAAUUUGACAUUGACUGCUGUUUGUCAUCCAUUCUUAGUUGUGCGACUGCUGGGCAUUCCCCUCCUGUUACCCGAUGACUGCAGCGAGGUAUUCGAGGACUUUGAAUUGGGCAUCUCGUUCGUUGUGGCGGCCUAUGCCUUGCUGAUCUCUGGCUAUAUAACUUUUGUUCUACUCCGUCAAUUGUAUUUAUGGUGGCGCGGAACCACACUGCAUGAGUAUAAACGUAUUUCUACUCCAAAUGGGAAUCGGAAUCGUGUUUGGAGCAAUUGGCGCGCAAUUUUAAAGUAAUGAAAAAUCAACUAAAAAAUACCAAAUACUAAACCAAUGCAACAUUUAUACUAAGCUGCAAAAAUUUCAAUGUAUUACUGCUGCUGUCUGA